CCCUGUAGUGAGGACAUGAAAGUUGCUGUGGUAACUGGCUCGAACAAAGGUAUAGGAUUGGCUUUGGUUGAAAAAUUGGCCGAAUUUUAUAAGGCGACCGGCGGGUGGCACGUUUUUCUGACCGCUCGUGAUGAGCAACGAGGUCACAGAGCGUGUGAACAGUUGCACCUCAAGGGAUUACCGGUCAAGUUCCACCAGCUGGACAUAUGUGAUGAUCGUAGUCGUAAGCGGUUCUUAGGUUUCCUCACAUCCGAGUACGCUGGAGGAAUUAACGUGCUGGUGAAUAAUGCCGGGAUCCUUUACAAAGACCAAUCCUCAGCUAAGUUCGCGGAAAAUGCGCAUGUCACAAUCGGCACAAACUUCACCAGUACACUGGAUUUCACGCUUGAAUGUCUCCCCGUUCUAGCAGAUGAUGCCAGGCUAGUCAAUAUGUGUAGCUUUCUAGCCCGCGUAGCACACAGAAAGCUUGGAGAGAAGCAGAGGGAGAAAUUCAGUUCUCCGAUGACCCUUGAAGAACUUCGUGCUCUGAUGGAUGAAUUUGUCAGGCACGCCGAUACGGGAGAUUACGAACAACAUGGCUGGCACAAUAUGACCUACGGUUUGUCCAAACUCGCCCUGACAAAGGCAACCUUCAUACUGGGCGAUAUGCUAAAAAAUGACCCGCGCCGCAUCCUCAUUAAUGCGUGUUGUCCCGGUUAUGUGAACACAGAUAUGACUGACCAUAAAGGAGCUGAUACACCAUUCUUUCUGGCAACUUUGCCAGUGGGAACCACCGAACCGAAUGCCCAGUUUGUACAUGAUCGCAAAAUCCACCGUUGGUUGGAAAAAUCAGAGUGCUGA